CUACAAGAUUCGACUUCAAUGGCAGCCACAAGGAGCCACAAAAUACUAACAUCAUUAGCUCGCCUAUCAUCAAUUAAAACUUCAUAAAAAACGGCAUUAUUAUUAUUAUUAUUAUUACUAUUAUUAUUAUUUAUUUUAUUUAUUUAUGUAUUUAUUUUUUCUUGUUUUUUCCAAGCAUUGUUAUUACAUUAUAAAUGGAACGUUCACUCAUUCUAUCCGAAGCGACUCUCAACCAAUCCCUUAUCUCCUUCCCCAAAUCCGUAAUUUCAAAAAAUGUCCCGCUUUCGGCAAUUCUUCGCCGGAAAAUCAUUUUCCGGCGACAAAACCACCCGGAAAAAACUCUUCCUAUCUCUCCUGGCCACAGUCGUGCUCGUCGCCGCCGUAGUCGGCGUCGUUGCCGGAGUCAAAUCCAGACAGCACAGCUCGGACGGCGGCGACAGCGCCAGCCUCAAAAUCUCCGGUGCCCACGCCAUCGCCAGGUCCUCGUGCAGCAGCACAUUGUACCCGGAGCUCUGCUACUCCGCCAUCGCCGAGUCUCUCGACGGCGAGAAGGUGAAAUCCCCAAAAGACAUCAUCUUCCUGUCGCUGAACGUCACGAUCGCCGCCGUGCAGCGGAACUACGCCGCCAUCGGGAAGCUGCUCGCCGGCGACAAGGGCAACUUCACGAAGCGGGAGAAGGCGGCGCUAGGCGACUGCCUUGAGACGCUCGAUGAGACGCUCGACGAGCUGGAGACCGCCGUGAAGGAGCUGAGCGAGUAUCCGUUUAAGAAGUCGAUCGAGGCGCACGCCGACGACCUCAAAACCCUCCUCUCCUCCGCCAUCACCAACCAGGAGACCUGCCUCGAUGGCUUCUCGUACAAUAAGGAGGACAAGCAUGUACGAGAUGUCUUUGUCGGAGGGCAGGUCGUCCGCGUCGAGAAGCUAUGCAGCAACUCGCUUGCAAUGCUCUGUAACAUGACGAAGAAGGAUAUGGAGGAGGAGCGGAAGCUCAACGGCGGCCGGAAGCUCGCCGAGGCGGAGGGCGGCUGGCCGGAGUGGCUGUCCGCCGGGGAUAGACGGCUGCUGCAGUCCUCGUCUGUGACGCCGAACGUCGUUGUGGCGGCGGACGGCAGCGGGAACUACAAGACAGUGGCGGCGGCGGUCGCGGCGGCGCCGGAGAAGAGCAGCAAAAGGUAUAUAAUUAGGAUUAAGGCCGGGGUGUAUAGAGAAAAUGUGGAGGUGCCGAAGAAGAAGACGAAUAUAAUGUUCCUCGGCGAUGGGCGGAGCACCACCAUCAUCACCGCCAGCAAAAAUGUUGUCGACGGGAGCACGACGUUCAACUCCGCUACAGUUGCUGUGGUGGGAGAAAAAUUCAUGGCCCGGGACAUCACUUUCCAGAACACGGCCGGGCCCAGCAAGCACCAAGCCGUGGCCCUUCGGGUGGGGUCGGAUCUAUCCGCCUUCUACAAGUGUGACGUGUUGGCCUAUCAAGACACUCUCUACGUCCACUCCAACCGCAACUUCUUCAUAAAUUGCCUCAUAGCCGGCACGGUCGACUUCAUCUUCGGCAACUCAGCCUCGGUGCUUCAAGAUUGCGACAUCCACGCCCGCCGCCCCGGUUCGGGUCAGAAGAACAUGGUCACGGCCCACGGUCGGACCGACCCGAACCAGAACACGGGCAUCGUAAUACAAAAGAGUAGGAUCGGGGCGACUUCGGACCUGAAGUCGGUCCAAGGAAGCUUCCCGACGUAUCUGGGAAGGCCGUGGAAGGAAUACGCGAGGACCAUCAUCAUGCAGUCGUCCAUAACGGACGUCAUACAGUCGGUCGGCUGGCACGAGUGGAGUGGCGAUUUUGCCCUCGAUACGCUAACUUAUGGGGAGUAUCAAAACACGGGGGCGGGGGCAUCCACGACCGGCCGGGUCAAAUGGAAAGGCUACAAAGUGAUCACCAGCUCCACGGAGGCGCAGGGUUAUACGCCGGGGAGUUUCAUCGCCGCUGGGAGUUGGUUGCCUUCAACCGGCUUCCCUUAUUCGCUAGGGUUGUGAUUUGUAUUCAUCAUAUUCGUUUCCAUUAUUGAGGCUUCAGGCCCAUAUUUAAGGCCCAUUUGAGUUGGAUUAAUAAUCCCUAAGUGUGUAAUUUAGUGGCCAGGCUUUGUGUCCAAAUUAGGAAUAAAGUGUAUUUUUGUGGCUUGUAAUAAUAUACUACUCCACUAUUCAAUAAAAAUGUAAGGGUUUUUAGCUUA